CAACAUUAAAAAUGAGUUGUUUGGAUAAGGCCAUAUUACCGGAGAGUAUUGCAGUUGCCGAGUCUGAACAACAACAAAUUCCGUUCCACUGUAUAGUCGUUCCAAUAGUUUGAUUGGAGAAUUUCAACUUUUCAAAAAGUUAACUGACUUGUAUGUUUUAGCAACAGUCGGUUGUGUGGUGAUGCUUCUAGUUGGGGGAAUGCGCAACGCUAAACUGAAAAGAAAUUGCUGGAAUCUGGAUCAAGUCACGGCAGUCAAAGGGGUAUAGGGGGUGGACACGGUUUACCUAACAAGUCUAGAACGAAGAAAAAACAAGAAUAACCAAAAAACAUAAAUUUUAAACUUGCUCAGCUAACAGUAUAAACGCAACAAGAGGCUACGGGCUACGUCACAUUCGUUCCAGUAUAUAAUCCUAUAUAUAUAUCUACUGUUUAGUAUCUGGCUGGCUACUCCCGGUAAGGCAAUCGACAACCAGUGGUCAUCACUGUCUUCAAUUCCGUCUGAACCGCGACCACGUGCGGACAACGAACGAUCUCGUCCAAUAGUGGAAUCCAAUAAAAGUUAAUCCUGAGAAUCAAUCAAAUCCUGUGAAUACUUGAGUUAGUCUCUGCUCUGAUUGGCUUGGAUAAAAAAUCACCAAUCAUCGCUUGGGUGGAUAUAAUUUGUCUUCUCGUAACUAUUAAGAUGGGGGCAAUUAAAAGAAAAAAGGAUCCUUCAACACAGGAACCUGUAAAUUCUCAACCUCCAUCACAAGUUGUUGAGUUCGCGCAAAAAUGCAAAGAAAAUAUUGAGAUUUCAAGUGUCAAUUGGUUGAUUUUCUUCACUUGUUUUUCAUGUUUUUGCUACGUCGGAGACAUUUGUUGGGACAUUUAUUUACUUAAUUGCUUUUGGAACACAAAAUAUUAUUGGUAUUUCAGGUGCACAUUGGUGUUUUUGAUUACGCCAAUUGUCGUCAUAACAUUUAAAAGUUUCUCAUUUUACAACAAUGGAUUUAAAAACACGGAUACGCUAUUUGACCACAGACAUUCCUUGCCGAAGGAAGAAUAUAGAUUUUCUAACUGGGUAAAGUGGGUCUUGGGUCCCGUGGGCCUUUGUCUCAUUCCGAGGUAUUGGGAUAUAAUUAGAUAUGCCGACAAGGCGAAACAAGCCAAACUAAAAAAUGACGAAAAGCAGUACAUGUAUUUCGUCGCCAUGAUUUGGGAAGACGCAGAGUUAGUACAACUGAGCCAGUUUGAUUGCUUCAUGGAAUCUGCCCCUCAGCUAUUGCUUAAUCUUUACAUGCUGGUAAAAGGCGAAUCUGACUUGGGAGUCUACACGGCGAUUGGUUUCUUGUUCCCCAUCAUCAGCUUGUCAUGGGCAAUAGUUUCUUAUGACAAAAAAUGUUGUUUAGUCAAGGGAAUCAAACCCGACGAGGGAAACCGACAGGGCCGAAUGAGCUUCUUAAAUGAUGACGCCAUUGACUGCUACAAAACAUUCAAUUGGAAAAAGAGAGCCAUUCUGUUCUCUGCUCAUUUCUUUGGGAUAAUUGCCAGAUUCAUCGCCUUGAGUUUGUUUACGUCUGUUUUCGGUUGGAUUGUUUGGCCGGCCUGCCUAGCCCACCUAAUGCCAAUUUUCUUUUGGCACCGGAAUGAAAAUUACGGUUUCAUGGACUCGCUGAGAUUGUCAUUUCUCCACGUUUUUGCCUACUUGUACCCCGCAGAAAAGGUGUCUGAUCAAAAGAAACACCCCCGUUUCUCACCUGUCGUCUAUCAGACUGUCUGCAUCUGCGAGAAUCUGUUUCUCAUGUUACUUUGGAGCCGAAGUUUCAUCAAAUCCGACGAGGGGAUCAAUCUUGGAAUCUCAUCCAUUCAAUUCUAUCCUUGGAAUGAUUGGAAAUUCUCCUUCCCCUGGAUCGCCCAAAUUUUGAUGUUUAUUUCAAGUUUCAUUUCGUUUCGGUUGCUUAACAAACAUCAAAAAACUUUUGUCCGUGUCACUCGUGUCAGUUCUGUCCCUUCCAUCCAAAUCCAAGAGUAACCUUUUUAAACGGUCUUUAUCGCUAUUCUGGCAAAAUAUAAACAAAUGUCUAUCUCA